AAAUUUAUGACAAAGAAUUUAGUUUAAAACUUCUACUUACCAGCUGUAAAUGAUAUAGAAAUAUAUAAAACGUUCGAUUCCAGCAUUGCUGGAGAAAUGCUUUAGUGAUAUGAGCAAGACGAAAUCAUGGCUGCAUCCAUACCUUGUAAUGACAUGACGGAAACAAACGAUGGAAACGGUCAAGUCAGCACGGGCCGCAGUCAAUUCAUGGAGCCGCCAAGUGAUUGGGCUUUCAACAAUCUCGUUACACACAUACGUCAGAACUUGGAUGCAAAUGAUAUUAACAAAAUAAAAUUGCGUUUUAAAGGAAUCAUAGAUGAAGCCGUCAGAUCAUGGGAAGAAGCAUUUCAUAUACUAAUGAUUAAACGAUAUAUUUCUGCAGACAAUUUGAUUUACCUCCAAAUCAUUUUACGUGUGCUUGACCAUCAAGACCUCUUUGCAAAGACUGUCGAGUAUGCGGCGAAAAGUAGACACAGGAUUUUACAUUUCUACAAAACUACAACACUCCUGGAAGGCCAUGGCUAUGUUCGCAUUCAUGUCAAAAGCGGAAGAUGUGUGACAGAAGACCACCUGUAUUCAAUACGCAAUACAAUUUCAGAGGCACUUUUCAUCCCGAUGGAAGAUAUAAUGGUGGCAGGCAUAGAAGAAGCAAACAGCGUGUAUCUAACAUUGAUGCUUCCAGAAUUUUUCAUUGAAGUCCUUCGACAAAUUCUUGAAAACCCAAGAUCAAGAAAUAUCUUGGGACCAUUGGGUCGUUUAGGAAUUGACAAAAUGAUAUUGCCGCCUGGCUCUACAUUCAGUGUAGACACUGACGACGAAACACUACACAGUGGGAACAUAAUACAUCAGCUGCAGCUGGAACUUCAACAGAAAACCUAUCAAAUGAAGGAGUUAGAGAAUGAAAUCCUUAAGAUAAAAAGAAACAACUUCAAAGUAGUUCCCAACGGAAAGAAAGUCAAAAAGAGGAGCUAUGCGUUUUUAAAGAGAGUAAGACCGAAGUUAGUUCCAAAGAGAAAUAACGAUGAUACCUUGACUCAAUAACGUAGUCAGUUUACAGAAGUGAUCUUAUCAAACUGAUCGUGUUGUAGUAAAUGUGGUCAAGAUUAUAAUGAAUAUUAAUGACUGUCACAACAGUAAUAACAAAAAUCAUUUACUUUAAAUUUGUUGCUUUUUUUUUCUUAGCAAUAAAAUGUACAUUUUCAGCUACAUACUUGUAACCUUGUAAUAUAACGUAAUCCAUAAAUGAGUAAUAAGUGGCUACUUGGAAAAUAAUGUACCGACUUUUAGAAAAUUGUUUCGCAGAGCAUAUCUCUGCCGGUAUUUAAAAACGGUGACCCAAACUUGCAAGUAAUUAUAGGGGGAUAACCUUAGUAAGAUGUUUACUGUAAAUCGCUUUAUAUUCGCGUGAAUAUUUAUUUCGCGAAUUCCCAUACCCUGAAUUAUUUCGCGGAUUUAUGAAUUCGCGACGAGAGGGUCAGAAAUUUAAAUUCGCGAAGGUUCUUGUCUUAUAUUAGCGAAAUUGUAAUUCCGGAAAUCGUGAUUACAUUAAAGCCCAUUCUUCCGUACCGUACCAAAUUUAUGCACACCAAAGACUCGUUAUAUGCAUGGUCCGUAACGGUUAUCUCGUGAUAGAAAUCGGUUACUUUAUUCAUACAAAUUGCUUUUGUUCGACUGAAAUUGAUAGAAAAGUGCCUUUUAUCCUUUAUUCAAUAUACGGUAAUUAUUCUUUUUACAUUUAAUAGCUGAUAAAAUGUUCAAAGUUUAUUACUGUCAUUUCAUAAAAAAAUGUAACAAUGGUGUGAUAAAUUGUCAUCUAAUCCCUAUUGUUAUCUAAACAAAAUGUGUAAAAAUAUCAGGUUUGUGGAGAAGAUAAAGGAUGAUAUGGAUCAUCUUCUCAGGCAACACGCGCUCUGCUUGUUUGACACAUACAAAGUGCAUAAGGGAGAUGCUCUCCGUAACAAGUUCAAAAUAGACCCAAAGUUAUCAUGUUAUAUAUGUCCCUGUCAGCUGCUUGUAAAUCCAAAUUCUAGACCUUAGUGUUAAUUCUGUCUUUUAAGCAGUAUAUUUUACAUGAAAUGUAGUUUCCAGGAUUUUUAUUAUACUUAUUCAUAACAUAUUGAAAUAAAGUUCAUUCAAUAAACAACGUGUACAGGCGGCUAGUAUUAAUUGCUGAACCUGACCGUAUUCUGGAUAUGUGUUAUGAAAGGAAAUUUACGCGGAUUAAUGAAUUCGCGAUGCAACCGAUUUGCGAAAAUUAAAACACCGCGAAUAAUACCGGAUUUACAGUAUCUAAACUUUUUACUACAAUAUUGAAUAAAAGAAUUGAAACUUAUAUGAUUUUAUUACAUACACAUUGUUAAAAAACGACUUUGAAAAUCAUGGUAGACGUAACUGGUGCUCUUUACUUAAAGAUUUUCUUUGUUCCUGGGUAUUGUAGAUGCUUGGAUAUAUCAAGGCGUAGGUAAUGUUGAUAUGUUUUUAUAUAUGGUUAAACAAAGAUUAAAUGAUCAAUUUAUACAAAAUUGGAAUUCAAGAAUAAAUAAUUCUUCUAGAGCUUUAUCGUAUAAAAGAAUUUCAAUUUUUAGAUUUCAGCCCUAUCUUGAAUAUUUUAAUGUAAAUAAAUUUUGUAUAUCUGUUACACGUUUAAGGGUAUCUUCUCAUAAGCUGGAAGAUGGGUAAGACCAGAUAGUACACCAUUAGAUGAAAGGAAAUGUAUUAUUUGUCAAAAAUUAGAAGAUGAAUACCAUUUCAUAAUAGAAUGUGAUUUGUAUAAUGAUUUAAGAAAACAAUAUAUACCAAGAAAAUACUGGAUUAGACCAAAUAUGUUUAAAUUUAUAGAACUUUUGAACUCCGAAAAUAAGAAAAUAAUACAAAAUUUAGGAAUAUUUAUAUUUAAUGCAUUUAAACUUAGACAGUCUACUUUGUAAUACUCUAUAUUAUUAUGUUUUAUAUUAUGGUUGAGUUAAAUGUGUGUGUUUUUUCAGGUCUUGUAUUUCGUUUCGACAAGGCUGUGAUUGAACUGAUUGUUCUAUAUAUGAUGUAUUUAAAUGUAUUGUUAAACCGUCUAUAUAUAUAGUGUCUAUUUGGUUGAUUGCUUCUGUUCUGAAGCUACUUAUUAUCUGCGGCCUGAAGGCCGCAGGUACAUUGGAAUGCAACAAGUAGUAUAGCACAUGGGGACUGGGUGAUUUCACGUGACUUUUUACCGAUAUGCGAUUGGCUUAUCGCAUUUAAGGAACGCCGUUUUUGCAAUAUAGCUAGCACUCUAUAAUGAUAUAUAGAGAAAUGUUUGUGACUUAGAUUCCUCAAUCAUUAUUUCAUAUAAUUUAUUCAAACUUUCAGCAAUGAUCAAUAUUGAUACCUUGUUGUGCAUAAGGGUUUUCAUGUUAAUUGCUCUUCAAUUUCCUAGAUUAUGGCCCUGUUGUCAAGCAAGUCCAGGUGAAGGCAUGAAUCACAUUUGUGAAAGCUCUAGUAAAGUAUUUCAAUAGUCAAGGAAUGCGACCAGUUGUGCUUAAAGUUAUGUUAUACAUGAAAGGGAAAUAUAGUUAUUUUUGCUCAAAACAAAACUUUCAGAAUUAAGAAAUACAUAGUUCAUAUAUCUACUUGUAAAUCAUGUAGAAUGGAGUAAUAUUUCUUACAUUAAAGCGUAAUGGUAUAAUAGAAACAAACAAGUACGUUAUUCACCCAUAAGUUAUACUAUCAACAAUUUCUGGUCUGUAUAACUUAUGGCCGCAGGAAAUCUUUCGACUUGUCUAAGCAUUGAUUAUGCUUCUGUUUGGUGAUUUGAAUAGAUCUAUGUCAAAUAGUACAACUAUUGUAAACUUGUCAAAGAUAACCUUCUCCGUUUUUGUUUUGUUUGUUUGUGUGUUUUAUGGUUGUGACUUUGUCUUUUCUGUCGCUCGACUUCAUGUUAUAUAACUCUUUAUAGUAACUUUUAUAUCGUGAUGUGCACUACUGUUUGCCGUAUGUCUUGUAUUAUGUAAUAUUUAUGUCAUGAUGGGCUUUUAAGCCUAAAUGAUUUGUAAUAAAAUUGCCUUGUCUUGUCUUAUGAUGAUGUACUAUGUACAAGUCAAAAUAAAAUGUAUGUUCUGUU